CGACUCGCGGGGCCCCAUGAUCGCGCGUCUGCGUGCUGUUGCCUGAGGCUGGCGAGGCAGCGGAGUGGGGCGAGGUCGUCAUGGAGAGCCUCGACGGCCUGUUCGCGGCGGCGGGAGGUGACGAGCUGGCUGCGGUGCCCGACUCGCAGCCACACCAGAGCGGCGACAUGGUGGUGCAGGCUGGCCUCAUGGUCGUGGAGCCCUCGCCCCAGCGGUUCGCCGACCUCUGGGACGUGUGCUGCGGCGCCCGCCGCCCCGACUCGCUCGACAGCUGGAAGCAGCACGAGCAGGGCUUCCUCACCCUCUACUUCGACGGCGACCGAGGCGUCAACGCCUGCGGACCUGGAGAGCCCAGACCGCAGUGGAGGCUGCUGCCCGCCAAGUAUAACUUCAACGUGCGCUACCACUUGAGACCGCUGUAUACUGGGAUUACGCCGGCCAGCGCGGCCCUUGUGCACUUCGCCUGCUGCAAGCCGUGGGACCCCAAGCAGCGGCACUAUGCCCCGCCUGCGUACGUGGAGCUCUUCCUGGCGUUUGUCCGGGCCUUGGGCCUGCCAUGGACCCCCGGCCUCUGCGCGAUGGACGAGCUGAGGGAACAGGAGCAGCAGCGGAAGAUGCAGCAGAUCAUGCUUGAGCGCCAGGGCGAGCCAUGAAGCCCUGUCCAAUCUGCCGAUUUAAGGCUGGCGAUCCGGAUCGCACCUCUCCCGUCGGUAGAGCACUUUGCCCAGCCUGGCUGGCCGAGCUUUCUUUAAGACAGAGUGCCUAGAGCGACUUCGAUUCAUUAUUUGCCCGGCGCCGUCGAAAGGUCGGAAGCUAGGGUUGGAAGAAUUGUCGUUGGAGCGGCGUGGUCCAGUACAA